GUAGCUGUGUAACAAGGUGGGGCUGCUUCCUGUUUCGAGCAUACCGUGGCGGCGUCAGCUGGUGGCCCCGGCAAGCCCUUUUCCGCUUGUUGUGAGCGAGGCUACGGAUACCUUCACGCGCUUUCUGAUUGCCUUGUUUCACUCCGUAGCAUCAUCCGCCGUCUCACAAUGAAGGACAUCCUUAUCGCCGGCAAAUAUCGCGUUGACCGGAAGAUUGGCGUUGGAGGCUUUGGCGUCGUUUAUUCUGGGACCGACCUCACAUCGGACGAGGAGGUCGCCAUAAAGCUCACGUUCGUUCGAGACAACCCCGAGGUGCUCCGAUGCGAGAAGGAGACAUACGAGGCGCUGGCCGGCGGGGUCGGAAUCCCGCGGGUGCGAUGGUUCGGGCAGGAGUGUGAUUUCUACGUGCUGGUCAUGGACGCGCUCGGCCCGUCGCUCGAGGAUCUUCUCAACUACUGCGACCGAAAGUUCUCGCUCAAGACCAUCCUCUAUAUUGCCGACCAGGCCAUCGUACGAAUUGAGUAUAUCCAUUCGGAGGGCUUCCUCCAUCGCGACAUCAAACCGGACAACUUCCUGAUGGGGGUCGGCAGGCAGGGGAACAUAUUAUAUACGAUUGAUUUUGGCCUCGCUAAGGAGUUUUUCGAUGCCGAGCGUUGCAAGGAUGUGGAAGGUCUCGCGCUGGGCGGCACCAGACGGUACGCAAGCAUCAACAACCACAACGGCCGUGAACAGUCUUGGGGGGAUGACCUCGAGUCCCUUGGGUACGUCUUCGUAUAUCUUACCCGGGGCUCGUUGCCAUGGCAGGGUCUUAAGGCUGGUACAGACGCCGAGAAGGAUGCAAGGAUUAAGAAGAUGAAGGAGAGCCUGUCGGCCGAGGCGCUCUGCGAUGGCUUUCUCCCCGGAGAAUUUGUCACGUACAUCAACUACACCCGGGGCCUGGCUUUCGAUGACAAGCCGGACUACUUGUACCUUCAACGGCUUUUCCGUCGCCGGUUUCGAGCGGAGGGCUUCAAAUACGACCAUGUCUUCGACUGGACCGAGAAAUUGUUCAAGGAGCGGCAAAGCCAGGUCAGUUCCGCAGUGCCAUUGACCCGGAGGCUGCAGAGACGAGCUCCAGAGGAAUCUUCAACCAAUGUCGGGACUGCGCGGCAACCGCGGAGCAGUGAGAAGAUUCUUGAACAGACCUGCAGCUAGUACUAGACACGGUAGGGGCUGUUAAGUCGCAAAAUACAGACUGCAUUGCUAGACAGGAGAAGAAUA